AUGAAAACUGUUUUUUAUAUUUUCAAUAGAAAACGAAAAAUAAUUGUACGUAAUGAUAGUGAAAAUGAAAAUAUUGAAACAAAUAAACAUAAUGAACAACAAUUAUCUGAUAAUGAAUUAGAUGAUAAUCAAAGUGAAAAUGAUGAUAAAUAUAAACGAAAAUUAACAUUGAAAAAAAACAAAAAAUGUUUUAUUUAUUUAUUUUUACAGAUAUCUCAUCGACAAUCUGAAUCAACUGGUCGAUAUAAAUCAAAAGCAACUAUUUCAACUGAAGAAGAAGAAGGAGAAGAAGUUGAAGAUAAUAAUGAAGGAUCGGCAGCUGCUGAAGAUGAACAAGAAGAAGGUAAUGAAGAAAAUGCUGAAGAUGACGGACAAGAAGAAGAAGAAGAAGAGAAAGCACCUGAAGAUAUUGACGUCAGUGAUGAUGAAGAUUAA